UAGUAGAAUAAAUAAAUAUUAGACUAGAUUUUGUUUUUAGUUUUUUUUUUACUAUUUAUUGUAUUUAUUAGUAAUAUUAGUAUAAGAAUUAAUAAUAUAUUGCUAUUCUAGUAUUUAGACACCUACCUUGUAGGUAUUUUGAAUUUGAAUAUAUGUUAUUUAGUUUCAUUGAGUCUUUGAUCGUAUGAUUGAUUUACCUUAAUAAUAUUAUAAAUACCAUAUAAUACAGUAAUACCUACCUAUAUAGUGCCUUGUAUAUGUUAUCAUUCACAAGCAACACAAAAAAUGGAGGUAAAAAAUCCACAAGUAGCCGUACUCUGUAACAAUGAGGUUUUUGAAUUGCUAAAAAAAUCUCAAGAAAAUACAAAACUUAUUGGAGGCAUGAACCAUUCGACAAUUUUAUAUGAGGUUAACAAGUACUUAGAGCAAAGACCAUGUGCAACACAAAAUGCAACUAAAAUAAAAGAAUUCCUGAUCAAAUUAAAACAUAUGCCAAUUAAUCUAACAAAGAAGGAAAAACUGAUGUUAGUCAAUGAUCCACCAGACUCGGUUUUACAACUAUCUUUGGGUAUUAAAGAUUUUUAUGAUAGACUCAGCGAACCAGAAACCGAAAUGCUAUUACAUGCUACCAAACAAUUUUCUGGACAAUUUGAAGUUAUUACUAAGCAAGAACAGAUGGAAGAAGAAGAAGAAAAUUAAUGAAGAGUGCUUUUUAAAAUAAUUUUGUAAAAUUAAGACUGAUAUUAAUACAUUUUCCCACAAUUAUUUGUAAUCGCAUAUUUAUUAUAUGACAUUUUUUAAAAUCAUUAUUGCAAUAAAGUAUUGUUUGUAAGACAUAUA